ACACCAUCCAUGGACAGCUUUUCUUUCCUUACAGCAUGCUGGAAAUGGGCAGAGCCAUCAGACAGGGAUUUCUUCUUGUUCACAUGGUAGCUAGGGGCUUGCAGGUGCUACUUGAGGAAUACUUUGGCCUAGCUUUAUGUGUUCUGGGAAAGAGGAGUGUCAGCACCAGGCUGGCUGCCUUUGUCAUUCCAGCAGGAGCUGUUGGUUACCCUCUUCCUCCUGGCUGAUUUGGAGCAUUGGAGGCUGGUGAUCCCUGGGACAGUCAGAGAGGCAAGAUGUUGUGUCUUACAUGACGCAGGUAUUAAACUGACCACAGAAACAAAAGACAGCCAAGAUGAUGGAUCACAUUGAAAGGAUUUUUGAAUAGAUGGGUCUGAGUACACCCUUUGUAAGCAACAGAUGAUGAAUGUCCCUGAAGGUCUAAGUCUGAGAGCACCAACGCAUGUCAAGCCCUGAACUUUAAUUUGUUUUUCUAACACAUGGACAUCACCCAGAGCUUUCCCAUCAGCUGCUGUCUGUUUCAGGGAUUAAAUCUCUCCUCGACGUUUUUCCCCACUGCUGCAUAGACGCCUUUUUAAAGGAACAUAACCUGUUUCGUAACAAGCCCCAAAUGUGGAGGGCGGUGGUUAACGCCCUGUCGAGGGCCAAAGUCCCCGGAGGCCAAGCAUUCCGCCCGCUGCCGGCGCAGGAGGGCCGGAGCCUGCUCCCUGGGGGCACCCACUGCUGCCAGGGUGCCGUGCCGGGGCUCCACACCGCCCAGCAGCUCAGCAUGAGCCCGGGAAUACAGAAGGUGGAAGCUUUGGACGCGGGCCAUUUUGUCCGUGUGGAGUGGGACGAUGGAAGUGAGAGCCGCUACCCCUGCGUCUGGCUGAGGGACAACUGCCAGUGUCCCCUCUGCUUCCUGCCCUCCGCCGGAGCGCGCAGGCUGCUCUUCGAGGACCUGGAUGUGAACAUCGUGGCGAAGGAGGUGGCUCUGGCAGAUAGAAAAAAGAUCUCCAUCACGUGGCCUGAUGAACACGCAAGCGAAUACGAAGCUGAGUGGUUGAAAAAACGAUGCUUCUCUGAAGAAGCCAGAGCAGAAAUGCAAGCAGAUUUAUUUUUACCAGAACGCCAGUACUGGGGCUCAGACCUUCAACUUCCCAAAAUACCUUUUGAAGAAAUCAUGUACAAUGAUGAAAGUGCAUACAAGUGGCUGUGCACCCUAAAGAAAGUAGGAAUUGUUCUACUGACAGGAGCUGCUACAAGGCAGGGAGAAUUGAUUAAACUUGGCCACAGGAUUGGGUUCCUGCGCCUCACUUUUUAUGGGCCAACUUGGCAAGUGCAAGACAAAGCAGAUGCUAACAAUGUAGCUUAUACAACUGGGAAACUGUGUUUUCACACUGAUUACCCUGUUCUGCAUCAUCCACCUGGGGUCCAGUUUCUCCACUGUAUAAAGCAAACAGCUACAGGAGGUGAAAGUGAGGUUGUAGAUGGAUUCCACGUAUCCAACAAGCUGAAGAAACAAAAUCCUGAGGCAUAUCAGAUCCUGUCCUCUACUGCUGUAGACUACACCGAUGUUGGGGUGGACUUCUGUGAUUUUGCUGUGCACUGUAAACAAAGGAUUAUAGACAUAGAUUCCAGAGGCCAAGCAGUUCGCAUCAAUUAUAAUAAUGCAACAAGAGACGCCGUGUUUGACAUACCAGCUGAAAAAGUGAGGCCAUUUUAUGCAGCUCUAAAGGAAUUUAAUGAUUUAUUAAACAGUGCAGAACACAAGUUUACUUACAAGCUGAAACCAGGAGACAUAGUGACGUUCGAUAACUGGCGCGUGCUUCACGGUCGCCAGAGCUACCCCUCGGGUUCAGGAGUGACACGUCACCUGGAAGGUGCCUAUGCAGACUGGGAUGUGGUCCUGUCACGGCUCCGGCUCCUCAGGAAGAGGGUCCUGAAGAGGGACUGAGUUUUCUUCGGACUGGAAGGAGCGAAACGUGGAUUGUCUAACCUCGAUGACAACGACACCGGAAUCAAAAAAUGGAGUCUUCUUUUCAGAAACUAACGUCGCUUUUGACAAGGGCUUGUCAUUGAACAAGGGGAAUGGCUUUAAACUGACAGAGGGGACAUUUUGAUUAGAUAUUAGGAAGAAAUUCUUUACUGUGAGAGUGCUGAGGCCCUGGAACAGGUUGCCCAG